AUGGAUGACGCUUUUAUAAAAAGCCCGAAAGAAAUCUUGGAUUUUUUUCAAGUUGUCAUCGAUAAAGGGUUGACACAAAAGCAAGUCGAAGAAUCAGAAGAAAAGUAUGGUAAAAAUGAGUUACCUCAGGAAGAAUCAACACCUUUGUUGAAACUAAUUUUAGAACAAUUUGAGGAUCAACUUGUUCAAAUUCUCUUGGCUUCUGCGGCAGUAUCUUUUGUUCUCGCAUUACUUGAAGAAGCGAAUGAACAAGGAACCGCAUUUGUAGAACCAAUUGUGAUCCUUUUGAUCCUUUUCGCAAAUGCUUUUGUAGGGGUUAUUCAAGAAAGUAACGCUGAAAAGGCCAUUGAGGCGUUAAAAGAGUAUUCACCAGAUGAGGCAAAGGUUUUACGUGAUGGCCAUCAUUCCAAAAUUCACGCUUCCGAACUUGUUCCCGGUGAUAUAAUUGAUAUCGCUGUAGGUGAUAAAGUUCCUGCUGAUUCCCGAUUAUUAAAAAUAUAUUCAUCAACUUUUCGAGUAGAUCAAGCGAUCCUUACCGGUGAGAGUGUUAGUGUUAACAAGGAUAUAGAAGCUAUUAACGAUACACGAGCAGUAAAGCAGGAUCAGAUAAAUAUUUUAUUUUCGGGAACUACUGUCGUGUUAGGGAAAGGUCGUGCUAUAGUAGUAAAAACCGGUAGUAGUACAGCAAUAGGAGACAUUCAUAAAAGUAUUACAUCUCAAAUAUCCGAGAAAACGCCUCUUAAACGUAAACUGGAUGAGUUUGGUGAUUUAUUGGCGAAGGUCAUCUCUGUUAUUUGCGUUCUCGUAUGGCUCAUAAACAUUCGUCACUUCAAUGAUCCUUCACAUCACGGCUGGCUCAAAGGUGCUAUCUAUUAUUUUAAAAUCGCUGUGGCACUCGCUGUUGCCGCUAUUCCUGAAGGGUUGGCUGUAGUGAUCACAACAUGCUUAGCUCUAGGUACGAAAAAGAUGGCCAAUAAAAAUGCUAUUGUACGUUCUCUACCAUCGGUUGAGACAUUAGGUUGUACGAGCGUCAUUUGUUCAGAUAAAACUGGCACACUCACAACGAACGGCAUGAGCGUUUCAAGGGUACUCGUGUUAUCUUCAGAAGGGACAAAUCUUCAAGAAUAUCAUGUGGACGAUUCUAGUUACGCUCCACAUGGUAACAUAUAUACUGCCGACGGUAAAAUUGUUGAUUCCCUCCCUAUAACGAGUAUAUGUGUCAAUGAGCUGGCUCAAGUGUGUGCUUUAUGUAAUGAUUCCCGUAUCGCAUAUGACGAAAAAACUUCGACAUAUCAUAAUGUCGGUGAACCGACUGAAGCAGCCCUAAAAGUUUUAGUGGAAAAACUUGGUACAGACAACAAAGAAAUGAAUGAUUCUCUAGAUGCUUAUUCAUUAAAGGCCCGUGCUACGGCUUGUAAUGAUUAUUAUGAAAAUCAAAUCCAUCGGUUGGCCACCUUAGAGUUCUCACGUGAUAGAAAAUCCAUGUCUGUGCUUGUCCGACCAAUUAACAAUCCAUCCACCGCUACCUUACUCGUCAAGGGGGCGCCAGAAUCAAUACUUGAUCGAUGCGUUUCCGUUAGAUUAUCUAAUACAACUAGUACAAGUAUCACACCGGCUAUUCGCGAAAAGAUAGAGGAAAAAUUGUUGGAAUAUGGUAGAAAGGGUUUACGUAUCCUUGCUAUGGCCAAGGUAGAUGGUUGUGACCCACGAAUGAAUGGUUGGGAUCUCACUGAACCUAAAAAUUUCAAAAAUAUCGAAAAGGAUAUGACUUUCCUUGGUCUUGUUGGCAUGCUUGAUCCACCUCGCCCAGAAGUUAAGGAUAGUAUCCGUAAAUGCAAAACGGCCGGAAUUCGUGUAAUUGUCGUCACAGGCGAUAAUCAAAGUACUGCAGAGGCUAUUUGCAGGAAAAUUGGUAUUUUUGGUGAACAUGAAGACAUAACGGGAAAAUCAAUAACUGGCAGAGAAUUCGACGAUUUAUCACAAAGCGAGAAACUUGAGAUUGUCAAACGCGCAAAUUUAUUUUCCAGAACAGAACCAGCCCACAAAAGUGAACUUGUGGAGAUACUAAAGAGCCAAGGUGAAGUUGUUGCAAUGACUGGAGAUGGUGUAAAUGAUGCUCCAGCUCUCAAAAAAGCCGAUAUUGGUAUAGCAAUGGGGUCCGGUACUGAUGUAGCCAAAUUGGCUGCUGAUAUGGUUCUCGCUGAUGAUAAUUUCGCGAGUAUUGAGGGGGCCGUUGAAGAGGGUCGAUCAAUAUAUAAUAAUACAAAACACAUAUUUCUUACGGUAUUACUCGGUAUGCCAGAAGCGCUUAUUCCUGUUCAGUUACUUUGGGUGAAUCUUGUAACCGAUGGUCUUCCAGCAACUGCCCUCGGGUUCAAUCCUCCUGACCAUGAUAUCAUGCGCCAACCCCCACGAAGUGGUCGUGAGCCAAUCGUUGGCAGAUGGUUAUUUUUCCGAUAUAUGAUUAUAGGCAUUUAUGUUGGUGGCGCGACCGUAUUCGCAUAUGCUUGGUGGUUCUUAUUUUAUGAUCAAGGACCACAAAUUUCUUUCUAUCAAUUGUCAAACUUUCAUCAAUGCAACGAAUUGUUCCCCGAAAUUGGCUGUGAAAUGUUUAUUAAUGAAAUGGCGAAACGUGCCACCACAAUGUCGCUUUCGGUAUUGGUUACCAUAGAAAUGUUCAACGCCACAAAUUCUCUUAGUGAAAACGAGAGUUUAUUAACUUUGCCCGUAUGGUCCAAUAUAUACCUUGUGUUAUCCAUCAUACUUUCAAUGAUUUUACAUUUCAUGAUACUCUAUGUUCCAUUCUUUUCGAACCUAUUUGCCAUUCUUCCUCUAAAUUGGGUAGAGUGGCAAGCUGUAUUAUGGAUAUCCUUUCCCGUAAUCGUAAUCGAUGAAAUAAUGAAAUUUGUGAGCAGGGUAUUUGUUGCUCCACCAACAAAAAUUAAAACUGAAUAA